AUGCUGAAGCAAUGUCUGCUUCAACGUUGUCUCGUACAGUAUCGCUCUCUGAUGUCCGUGGCAGAUAAGCUGAAUGGAAUGCUCGACACGCGUCAGGGAAAGGGAUUCACUCCACGGGAAACACUUAAAAAUCACCUACGCUCAGAGGUUAUGCCGCUUCUCAAAGGUACAAAGUUAGAUAGACGUCAUGACAGUAUAACGUUCCGUCGGUCAAUGAGUCAACUUGUUCGUGACGCCGCAUUUGCAGCUGUUGUGGUCCACGCGAAUCCAACAGGCGCGUUCGUUACUUCCCUCACGGAGUGUAUUAAACACGACCACGAGCGGAUGCGAUUUAUUUCGUACAUGACAUCCGCUCAGUCUAGUCGCGUCAUUGCCCACCUGUGUAAAGCGGGUGUACGAGACAGCGCAGCGUUAUCACCAUUGAUCUCGCGCCUAGACUUCAACGAGCUGAAGGAGAUUAGCCGAGCCAUGUUUGCCCUAGUGGAAGAGGGCAAGUGCAACGAAGUUAUUUUCCUUAUCGUGCCCAUGUAUUGCGGGGAAAAAUGGACACUCACUUAUGAUGCCGGGAAAGGGCACACAAAUACAGAAAAUAGGAACUGCAACGUAUUUGAGGCAGUUCGCGUCUUGCGCGUGUUAUCAAAAGCCGUUCGUAGUGUGGUAGAACGGCGGCGUACCGACCUUGAGGCGCAGGGUUCUUUGAGUCCACUUCCAAUCGAAAGUAUUCAACGCUUACGCACAAGCCUCGCCAACUUUAUAAUUGAGAAUACUCAGGUUCUUCGUGGUGCACAUUGGAUUAAUUUCACCCGAGCCAUGAUGCACUUUCCGCAAGAAUUUAAGCUGGUGAAGUAUCUGGAAGACUACUCACCGGUUGUUCGGGCUGUUGAGGCGUUACAAUUACCUAAUCGAGGAGCUGGACAACAACUGAUUGACACGAUUGACACAACAGACCUGGCGGCGCUGGGAAUGUCACGACUCUUUGAACCGGUUAAACACAUGAAACGACCUCAGCAAAGCAGUGAAAGUGGCAUGAGUGAAGGACCCCGAGGAAGUAUUCUGGACGUUCCUCCAAGCGAGCUGUCGAAAAUCAUCCCUAUCAUCGAGCACCUGCCGAGCUCAAAGAGCAUUCAGCAGUUGCGUCUUCAGUUUGUUGUCGAUACUGUUGUGAAACGCUUGGAGUUUAUGAAUUUUGCCGAUGUUGUGCACUUUCUUCAUGUCUUGCGAAAUAUUGAGGGUUCUGCACAGUUUUCUACCUCGUUGGAUGCGGCUGUAAAUGUGGCGAGUAAGCGGCUACUUGAAGCUGGACCUGAUUGCGAUGUUAGUUCCGCACCAUACCGCAUUCCCUAUGCCCGCCUUGUGCAACUGGCGACACUUCUUAGUGCCUUUCGGGUGAAGAGCUGCGUUGGUUUCGUAACUUACCUUUCCUACCUGGCACCGACACUGCGCUCUCUGAGGGUGGAUGAUGCAACCGCCUUCAUGUGUGCGUUAGCAACGAUCGCCCCUAAGGACGGUCAGGAACUUUGCGCCAAUGUGGGAAAGGAAAUUCUUGAGAGGGUGGGCGUUGAUUCGGAGCGAGGAGGCAACGCUGGUUUGUUCAUGACCUUCCCUAUAUCAUGUGUGAAGCUACUCCGGGCUGUUGUAAUUCUGAAUACUGUGCCUUCGUCUAACUUUGUAUCGCUUAUGUUCGGUGAUACCGAAGGGCGAACACAGUUUUCUGAGGAAUUUUGUGUUGAAGAAACCUCCGUGCUCUUCGAUGUAUCCCGCUCGCUAUACCACUUCUCACGCAUGAGGCCGGGGGAUAUGGCGUGGAACGAAACGCUGUGGUCAAAAGGUGUGAUGGGCUUUCUUUUGCCUCUACUUCAUUACCUCUCCUCCGUAUGGCGUGAUGGGUUAGUGUCGCCAGCUGGCAAGUCCCCUCGAGUAACAUAUAUUCCUAUUGCGUGGCGUAGUGCCGCCGAAACAAUUUUUCCCUUUGUCGACGUAAAUCUUGAUGUUAUCUCGUUAAAAACGAUGCAAGCACGCCUGGAAGAAGUAUAUCCAUCCUGCCGCGAUAUCAUUCUAAUGGCAGUAGACGUAGCGGAUGCCCAAAUGCGGAUACGCGAAGGUGACGCCGUCGCGGGUGAGCCAAUCGCCUACUCAUCUAAUGCAUUUAUUCAUUUGGUGUAUUUUUUACUCAUGGUUGAGCAUAUGAUUUAUCACGCGACAUGGCAAGCCGAGAUGGGGGGAAACACAGAAGACGGGGCGACCUUGAGGGAAAAGAUGCAAGAAUUGAAAGGAAACUACAACACACUCAUUUCCACGAGUUCCAUCGGCAAAACAGGGGCACAAUGUGGAGGAACAACGGCUUUAUCCCUCCUGGAAAAGGCUUUCGUACAAGACGGAGAAGACGGAGGGAAAUCCCCAUUUUGCCUUAGUCGCAGUGAAGUGCUCGAAAUAACUACCAACCUUCCAUUUGCUCUCACACUAGUGGUGAAUCAGGGUCCUGUCAACGAACUGUUCUGUGAACGUGCAGUAUCGAUUAUGGUGAAUGUUGACGACUAA